AUUACAAUAUACAAUGGAAUCUCUAUUUGGUCAUGAUAUAUCCCGUCCUGUAGCGGAAAAUGAUACAGUGAUUCUAAUGAUACACAAUAAGGGUGGAUUUACUGCUCAUGUCGAAAGAGGAAAAACGGUCAAAAUAUGCAAAGAUAAUUUUAAUCUUGAUGCUCUGAUUGGAUGCUCCUACGGCGAUGUAUUCACAAAGGAAGAUGGAGCAUGGAUUAAGAUCCGUCGUAACGACCCGCAGUAUCAGCAGUACCGUAAUCGUAUCAGGGAAACCAUAUCUGUCGAGUCGAAUAUACCUUCAUCGGACAAUCGUGAUGUAUAUGAUGACAACACUGCUCAAAAGCUGAGCUACGAUGAUAUACAACGCCUGAAAAGAGAACGAAAAGCCCAGGAGGUGAUUGAGUCAAUAGUGGACAACUCAGAGACCUUUGCUAAAAAGUCAAAGAUGGCGCAAGAAAAAUAUAUAUCUCGUAAGGAAUCUCGUCAUAUAAAGCUGUUCUACGUUAGACCAUGUGAUUUAUAUAAUGUAUGUGAUUGCUACUUUACUUCAUUUCCACACAAGAUUGGCUACUUAAAUUUCUCAAACCUUGCUAUGAUGAUGUAUCUGGCCAGUAUCAAGUACAACGAUAAGGUAAUGGUACUGGACCACGCCCUUGGGAUUAUAACUGCUGCGGUUUGCCAAAGACUUGCAGGAUCAGGUAGAAUAUAUCGGUUGGUGGCGAAAGGAGUGAGUGACAAGGUAGUACACGAAAUUGGUAUUCGUUAUUUUGACAAUAUAUUUUCACUUGAUAUGAGUGAGUACAUCCCGCUCGGCAUCACAUCGGUGAGACCAGUAAGAGCGCCAGCAGAUACCUCUAAUUUGCCCGGCGAUCAGGAAUGUAAUAUAUCUGAUCAAGAUGAAAUGAACCAAAAAGAUGCUAAUAUCACUGGUUUACUGAACAACGUUUAUGGACAACCAUUUGAUGAAUCUGACGCAGGUGGCAGCAAAUCAUUUAUGGAAUCACCCCGGGAAGAUUUGGACAGUAGGGAUGAGAAAGAAGUGAAACGGCAAAAACUAAGCCAAAUACCUGGAAUAUAUCCUCUCUACAACGCUACCAAGGAGGAGGUUAUGAACUGUCAAGUUCUGAUCGGAAAUAUCGCUUUUAACAAAUGCAAUAAGCUUAACUCCAUGGUGUCGUUAUAUACAAGAAGCUUCAAAGCUGCGGCUGAUAUGUAUCUGGAGAUGGGCGGUCGUCUAGUUCUUUAUGGACAACAAUAUCAACCAAUGGCUGAACUUCAGGCUGAACUCACAUUGAGUGAGGAGUAUGUCAAUGUGAAAUUUGACGAGGUAUUUUGUAGAGAGUAUCAGAUGCUACCCCUAAGGACACAUCCUGUUAUGACAGCCGAACUGCGUCCAUGUUGCGGUUUCAUUGUAUCGGCAACGAAGACAUCUAAAGAUAUUUUAUCUUGAAU